AAAAUAAUGAGGAAGAACAUUUCUCUAUCAUAUUUGACCUCCAAAUGCACAUGGCUGCUUGGGUUUCUGUUCUAUUAGUUUUUGGUUUUUUAAAAGUUUUUGCCUUUACCCUCACAAGUUUACAAUCACAUGCUGUCCUCUCUCUUCUUCUCUGAGCUGACUCUCUCUUUCUCUCUCAUCUAUACUGAUUGGCUACAUACAUGUUUCAGCUGUGUCAUUGAAUGCUUUUGACUCCAUAGUUGAAGAGAUUCCUCAGAUCUACAGGGCAGCACUUUUCGACAUUGUCAGCCUCAAUUCUUCAUCUUUCUGGGCUCUUUUUUGCUCACUCACUUCAAUUUCAUCAAUCCAGAAAGGUUUGGCUUCUUCGACAAUUCAUUGUCAGGACAUGAUUUACAAUCAUAUACAAGCUGGCACUAGUGCUCUGGCUUAUAGAUAAAGCGAAGAAUUAAGCAUUGAGCAGUGCUUCUUGAGAUGCAAGUGCUAAUGGAUUGAAGGAAUAGAUAGUAGAAAAGAAAAUUGGAUGCUAUCAGUUUGUUUUCAAUGGUUUGUGAGAUGGAAAGUGAUUGUAUUGAAGACAUGGACGUUGAAGUCCUCUCUUCAAUGUGGCCAGAAGAUAUUGGCUCUGAUGUUGGAAAACAGUUCAAUAUAGAGAAGCCUGGAAGGGACCAAGAUAUGUUGGAGGAAGUAACAAUCUUAGAGGAGCCAACUAUAGCGGAUUUUCAGCGUCUCAUGGAGCUUACAAAUUACACAGAUAAGGGGUCUUCUCAGCUGGCAUAUCUCAUGCAACACUGGGAGUAUAAGCAGGCAAAUGCAGUUCGGCUUCUCAGAGAGGAACUUGACAACCUUAGUAAACAAAGGCAGGAAGUUGAGCUCAGGAAAUUGGAGAUAUUGAAAGACAAUCGGUUUGAGGAAGAGAAUUAUGGAGGUGACAAACGACCAGUUUCUAUAUUGGAUGAGAUUUACUAUACAUGGCAAGAUGUGCCAGUGCCACUCAGGAAAAGUGAUGUGGUUGUGAAAAAUAAGAGGAUUGAGAUUGAUGCUGAGUAUGACACUGUUGUGUAUUGGAAACAGAGGGCACAGCAGUUGGAAAGACAGUUGGAGGCAAGUGUCAACAGAGAGCAGAUAUUAACUGACAAGUUGCAAGAAAGUAUAAAGAAUUUUGAAAGGCAAUCUUCACCAGUGGAAGAACUAACUCAGAUUCUGAAGAGGGCAGAUAAUUUCUUACAUUUUAUACUCCAAAAUGCACCUGUUGUUAUUGGCCAUCAGGACAAAGAGUUGCGAUAUCGCUUUAUCUACAAUCAUUUUCCAAGUUUACAAGAGGAGGACAUCAUAGGGAAAACAGAUGUUGAAAUUUUCACCGGAUCCGGUGUUAAGGAGUCUCAGGAUUUCAAGAGGGAAGUGAUGGAGAAAGGGUUGCCUGCAAAGAAGGAAAUUACUUUUGAGACAGAACUAUUUGGGUCAAAGACAUUCUUGAUAUAUGUAGAACCUGUCUUUAGCAAAGCAGGGGAGACAAUUGGAAUAAAUUAUAUGGGAAUGGAAAUAACAGAUCAGGUGAGAAAAAGAGAAAGAAUGGCAAAGCUUAGGGAAGAGAUUGCAGUUCAGAAAGCCAAAGAAACUGAACUCAAUAAAACCAUUCACAUUACAGAGGAGACUAUGAGAGCAAAACAAAUGCUGGCAACAAUGUCUCAUGAGAUAAGAUCUCCACUAUCUGGAGUUGUUAGCAUGGCUGAAAUUCUUUCCACCACGAAACUUGAUCGGGAACAAAGACAGCUUUUGAAUGUCAUGAUAUCUUCAGGAGAUUUGGUUCUUCAACUUAUAAAUGACAUUCUUGAUCUUUCCAAGGUUGAGUCAGGAGUUAUGAAAUUGGAAGCUACCAAAUUCCGGCCAAGAGAGGUGGUAAAACAUGUUCUCCAGACUGCUGCAGCAUCAUUGCAGAAAAUGUUAACCUUAGAAGGAAAUGUGGCAGAUGAUAUACCUAUUGAGGUCAUUGGAGAUGUUUUGAGGAUUCGGCAGAUCCUCACAAAUUUAGUCAGCAAUGCCGUAAAGUUUACACAUGAAGGCAAAGUUGGUAUCAACCUUUACGUUGUUUCAGAGCCACCUUUUGCCAAAGCAGAAGGCCAACAAAAGAUGACCAUAGAUCAGUCUACAAAUUCAGCAAAUGGAGUGAAGGAAGAGAAACGUGCGUCAACACCACGAAGCAGCAGUGAUAAAAAUUGUCAUGAUGGUCAAAAACACAACGACCAUCCUAGCCAAAAUCAUUUAUUCAACGAUGAAUGUAGAUCUUCAGUUAAAAGUGAAUGCUCAAUGAAUGGAGAUACUGAGGAGCAAACUCAUUCAACUGAAACAACAGUGUGGAUACGUUGUGAUGUGUAUGACACAGGAAUUGGAAUACCAGAAAAGGCAAUACCUAAUUUAUUUAGAAGGUACAUGCAAGUAAGUGCAGACCAUGCUCGAAAAUAUGGUGGCACAGGUCUGGGGCUGGCAAUAUGCAAACAACUGGUUGAGUUAAUGGGGGGUCGUUUAACAGUGUCUAGCAAAGAACAUUGUGGUUCUACCUUUACAUUCAUACUUCCCUACAAAGUUUCAACGGCUUGUGAUAAUUCUGAUGACCCAGAUGAACUAUCAGAUGUGGAUGAUAAUGAGGAUGAUACCACAGAGGGGUUCUUCCAAUUCCAACCACGCACUCUAGGCUCUCUCUUCUCUUCUAAUGGACCUACCAGGCCCCAAAAUAUACUACCAGGUUUCAGAAGCUCAAACAAGUUCAAUGGAUUUUCAGAAAAUUCUUACUCAUUCCCCACUACAGACAUAAAAUCAAAAGGGACUAGUACAACCGAGGAUGCAUCUUCAAUUGUUGUUGAUGCUCCAGAGAUGUCUGAAUCAACAAGUUCAUCAAAUCAUAGCCCUGAAGCAAAGAAUGAAAAUGCAGUUAACACCAACCAACAGAAUCAAGAUAAGGCACAUGCUCGGUUACAAAAUGGUAAUGUAGAUUCUUCUCAACAUAAGGAGGCAAUCACACUAGGAACAAUGUCAAAUGAACUCCAACAAACAUGUCAUCAAGUGAAGACAGACACAGCCUCCCAAUGUGUCGUUAGUAGUAAUAAUAACACUUCAUCAGAAGUGAUCAAAUCCUCAUCAGGGCCUAAGAUUCUUCUUGUUGAAGAUAACAAGAUCAAUGUCAUGGUGACACAGUCAAUGAUGAAGAGGUUAGGCUAUAGCAUGGAUGUUGUGAACAAUGGAGUGGAAGCUGUACGUGCAGUUCAACGCCAUACGUAUGAUGUCAUUCUGAUGGAUGUGUUCAUGCCAGUUAUGAAUGGUCUUCAAACAACAAAACUGAUUCGGUCUUAUGAGGAAACUGGCAAUUGGGAUGCUGCAAGAAAAGCUGGAAUUGAACAAUGCUCACCAAUUUCACAUGAAUGUUCUGUACCACCUAAAAACCGGAUCCACAUAGUUGCGAUGACAGCAAACACAAUGUCAGAGAGUGCUGAGGAGUGUUAUGCAAAUGGUAUGGACUCGUUUGUGUCAAAACCUGUUACAUUCCAAAAAUUGAAAGACUGUCUAGAACAGUACCUGAGGUGAUGAUAACCAUGUAAAUUUUUGCUUGUGUAUAAAAGAAUAAGAGCCUAGGAAAGUUUUGCUAAGAAUGCACCAUGUUCUCUCCUCUUCAUCAGUGUCUACCUUAAAUUGUAUAGAUCUAAAACAUUCUUUUUCAUCUCUCCGAAUGCAUAAUAGCUAUUAGAAAGCUGAUAGGACUAGUUGGAGCGUGAAUGUAGAGUUACAUAACAUAAGCCUUUCCUUUUAGGCUAUGUACUGGGAGUUUUGGCAAUGUUGGCACUGCAAGAAAUCAUAAAGAGACACUUUUGGUAAUAUUUUACUUGCUGCUAGUAGAAAUUAUGAAGAGUUUGGUUCUAAAAUUAAAGGAGUGAAAAGGGUGUGUGAGAAUUUAUGUACAUGAAAGAUUUGAGUCUCCUGCAGUAUUGGACGAGGUGCAGUUAGGGAAAGGAAGAGAGUGUAGGACCCUGUGUAAUUUUGCAGGAGAUAUCAUCUCAAAUUCUCGACUUCAAUAUUUAUGCUCCAGAUCAUGUUACGUUUGUUCUAAAUGUGUAUAAAUAUAAACACAGAAUAGUAGUGUUAGUCAUGCAUUUGUUUUUUCAACAUAAUACGAAGUUGAUGAUUAAUGUUGUGGGAGAA